UGUUUGUGUGUGUGGCAGCACUACAUUGACAGCAUGUGUGGAACGGUGGAGGAUGUCUGAAUCUGGUCUCCGUGGUGAGGACACUCGUCCCCGCGUCACUCGGCCCGGGAUGGUCCCGCUCUGUCUCCUUCUGUACCUCGCGGCCCUCAUCUUCCCUCCGGUGUACAGUGCCCACCUGCUGUCCCCAGAGCCUACAGAUUGGGUGUCGAGUGAGGUGGAAGUGUUUCUGGAGGACUACGUGGCAGGAGUCGGGGACACCGUGGAUCUGUCUUGCACACCGCGCGACUUCCUGGUCCCCAUCGUGUGGCAGAAAGAUGGCGAUGCCGUGUCUCCUAGCAACCGUACACGGGUGGGGCAAAAAGUGCUCCAUAUCAUCAACGUCUCCUAUGAAGACUCGGGGGUGUAUUCCUGUAGACACACCCACAGCAGCACGCUGCUAAGCAACUAUACCGUCAGAGUCACUGACUCGCUGUCCUCUGGUGAUGAUGAAGACUAUGAUGAAGAUGAGGACGAUGCAGGUAAUGGAAAUGAAGCUCCAUACUGGACCCGUUCUGACCGGAUGGAGAAGAAACUAUUGGCUGUUCCCGCCGCUAAUACAGUGAAGUUCCGCUGUCCUGCCGCCGGCAACCCCACUCCCACCAUCCACUGGCUGAAAAAUGGGAAGGAAUUCAAGGGAGAGCAGAGAAUGGGCGGGAUUAAAUUGAGGCAUCAGCAGUGGAGUUUGGUCAUGGAGAGUGCUGUUCCAUCUGACCGGGGAAACUACACAUGUGUGGUGCAGAACAAAUACGGAACAAUCAAACACACUUACCAACUUGAUGUGCUGGAGCGCUCUCCUCACCGGCCAAUUCUACAGGCGGGACUCCCGGCCAAUCAGACGGUGGUGGUGGGCAGUGACGUCGAGUUCCACUGUAAGGUGUACAGUGAUGCUCAGCCACACAUCCAGUGGCUCAAACACAUCGAGGUGAAUGGAAGUCAGUAUGGGCCCAAAGGCGCCCCCUACGUCAACAUCCUUAAGACUGCGGGAAUAAAUACUACGGAUAAAGAGCUGGAGAUUCUCUACCUGACCAAUGUGUCUUUUGAGGAUGCGGGGCAAUACACUUGUCUGGCAGGGAACUCGAUUGGCUUUAACCAUCACUCUGCCUGGCUUACAGUGUUACCAGCGGUGGAGAUGGAGAGAGAGGAUGACUAUGCGGACAUCCUCAUCUACGUGACAGGCUGCGUGCUCUUCAUCCUCACCAUGGUCAUCAUUAUUCUCUGCCGAAUGCGGAUGAACACGCAGAAGACUCUCCCCAUGCCACCCGUUCAAAAACUGUCCAAAUUCCCCCUCAAGAGACAGGUGUCCUUGGAAUCUAACUCUUCCAUGAAUUCAAACACCCCGUUGGUCCGGAUCGCACGCCUGUCAUCCAGCGACUGGCCCAUGCUGCCCAAUGUUUCUGAGCUUGAACUGCCCUCUGACCCCAAGUGGGAGUUUCCACGUACAAAACUAACACUGGGAAAACCGUUGGGAGAGGGUUGCUUUGGGCAGGUAGUGAUGGCAGAAGCCAUUGGGAUCGACAAAGAGAAACCCAACAAACCUCUCACUGUUGCUGUCAAGAUGCUCAAAGAUGACGGCACAGAUAAGGACCUAUCAGACCUUGUGUCUGAAAUGGAGAUGAUGAAGAUGAUUGGAAAACACAAGAACAUCAUCAACUUGCUAGGAGCAUGCACACAAAAUGGUCCUCUGUAUGUGCUGGUGGAAUAUGCCUCUAAAGGAAAUCUUAGGGAAUACUUGCGGGCGAGAAGGCCUCCUGGGAUGGACUACUCAUUUGACACUUGCAAAAUCCCAAAUGAAACUCUGACAUUUAAAGAUCUGGUGUCCUGUGCCUAUCAGGUCGCCAGGGGUAUGGAGUACUUGGCCUCAAAGAAGUGUAUCCAUAGGGAUCUUGCGGCCCGGAAUGUUCUGGUAACCGAGGACAACGUGAUGAAGAUUGCAGACUUCGGCCUGGCUAGAGAUGUGCACAACAUUGACUACUACAAGAAGACCACCAACUUGCAUCUCAGGUGGUCUUACGGAGUGUUGUUGUGGGAGAUUUUCACACUGGGCGGCUCACCAUACCCAGGUAUCCCAGUGGAGGAGCUCUUUAAACUGCUGAAGGAGGGUCAUCGGAUGGACAAACCUGCCAACUGCACUCAUGAACUGUACAUGAUUAUGAGGGAGUGUUGGCACGCUGUUCCUUCACAAAGACCCACGUUCAGACAGCUGGUGGAGGAUCACGACAGGGUUCUUUCCAUGACCUCCACUGACGAGUAUCUGGACCUGUCGGUGUCGUUUGAGCAGUACUCCCCUACCUGCCCAGACUCCAACAGCACCUGUUCCUCCGGCGACGACUCUGUGUUUGCUCACGACCCCUUACCUGACGAGCCGUGUCUCCCUAAACAUCACCUCCACAGCAAUGGGGUCAUACGAACAUAAGGGCCCAGGACAGAAAUGGUGGUUUGUGGGGACCUUCCGGUUCACUGCACUGGACCAGCAUGUGGCGGCAGUGCAGA